AUGUAUUAUUUCUGCUUUCAUGGCAAUGAUUUUGGUUUAUUAAUAAUGCCGACUUUAACCACCUCGCGAAUUGACAAGUUGAAUGAUAUUCUGGUGUCAGCUGCUUCAUCAGACGCUAUCUCGAUGCUUAUUCAAUCAAUCGAUGAAAAUGCAGAUUUCACGGUUGAAGAUCCUCCUACCACCCACCUACCUGAUACAGCAAAGAUAUUUGAGAGUUUAUCACAAAAACAAAAGCAGGUCGAUGAAUAUACACGCAGAAUCGACGACCUUCGCGAAAGGAUAAGAACUAUGCGUCAACGUGUGCUCGAAAAAUUAAAAGAUGCUGGUUAUAACGAUGGUGAUGUUCCUUUAUUCUACGAGGAAGCAAAUUUCAAAGUCAAUCAUCUGACAAGCAUAAUGGUGAAGAAACGCGAAUUCUUAGAGGAAGCAAUACAUCUAAGAGAUAUUGAGAAAGAAAAACUUGAUGUUUCACAGCGGGAAGCAAACACCACAACCAAUGUACAGCAAUCACCCAGUCCAGAGGCGGAUGUUAACACAUUGAUUGAAAAGUGGAUGAACAGUCGAUUAGGUGAUCUGUCGCUUCUUGACAAUACUCAUGUUGUUCUGGACACUUCUGCAUCUUCCAUUCUUAAGGACAAUCCGACAACAUCUCCUGCAAGUGGCGGCAGGAUUAGGUGUCUCCUCAAGCAGCCUCAUAAUUGUGAAGCAGCUUUCGGUGUCGAUAAUUUGCAUCCCCUUGGUGGAUCUAUGGAGGCCAUGAAAAUUGCCCAGGCUGCAACACAGGCUAUGACUCCUUCGGUAGCUGUUAACUACGCCAUUUGGAAGCAGCUUUCAGAAACAAUAAAGUAG